UUUGUAAUGAUUAUUUAACAUUUUGAGAAUACAUGCAAACCGCUAAUUGCACACGUGACUUUCAUAAAAACUAUCCUAAACUUUGCAUAAUUUCUUACCAUUCUAAGAACACAAAUUAAAUAGGAUAUGAUUUCCACAGAAUAAGAUAUAAAAAUAUGAAAACUUGUAAAGUUUACCAUAAAAGACCCUGUACCAUGCAAUUGUAACAUGUUUUCAUUUAAAAUAAAUAUACUAUCACGCUGUUAAGUCAACUUUACAAUACGUUUUAUUCAUAAUAUCUAUAUUUGACAAUGAUUCAAAUAACAAAUCAAAAUAGAUUAAUUCAUUUUGGGAGAUUAAAUGUAACAUUGGUUUCAUCCGUUCUACGAUUUCUCUCAACUUAUAAAACCUUAAACAAUUCCAAUAUUGUCGAACCAGUUAAAUUAGCUUAUGCUUCUUAUGAAUCAAUGAAAGAAAAUUCGAAUGUUACAAUUCAUCCUAUUGUAAUAAUGCAUGGUUUAUUUGGAUCAAAGAAUAAUUGGAAUUCUUUGUCCAAAGCAAUUCAUCAGAAGAGUCAGCGUAAGGUAAUUGCGGUAGAUGCAAGGAAUCAUGGUGAUUCACCUCAUUCGUCAGAAAUGUCUUAUAAACAUAUGGCAAAAGAUAUAGUACAGUUAUUAAAUGAUUUAGAAUUGGAAAAAGCUAUUCUAAUUGGACAUAGUAUGGGAGGAUCGACUAUGAUGUAUUUGGCAUUACAUUAUCCAGAAUUAGUAGAAAAAUUGGUGGUAGUUGAUAUGUCUCCUGCAAGACCUAGUCCUAGUUUAACAGAAAUGGUGAAAAUUUUUAAAGUCAUGCGUUCUAUCACGUUAGAUGGAAGUCCAUCCUUGUCAAAAGCACGUAAAAUGGCGGAAGAACAGCUCGCAAAAGUUGUCAAACCAUUAGCAUUACGACAAUUUCUUACAAUGAAUCUUGUAGAGGCAGAACCUGGAAAAUAUAAAUGGCGCGUCAAUUUACCGGUAUUGGAGCAAAACUUCUCUACAGAAAUUGCGAUAUUCCCUAAUGUAGCAGAGAAGGUUUAUAUGGGUCCAACAUUGUUCAUAGGUGGUUCAAAUAGCGAUUACAUAAAAAUCGAAGAUCAUCCUGCUAUUAAGAAAUUAUUUACACGUGCCGAAUUUCUUUAUGUUGCUGGUGCCGAUCAUUGGGUGCACGCAGAUAAGCCGGCAGAAUUUAUCAAGAUUGUCACCAAUUUUAUUAAUCAAACUCAUUCGUGAUGUUUGUAAAUAUAGAUAAUGGGUGAAAAAUAGUAAAAAUAUAAGACAGUAUAAACAAAGUAUGAAUCUUAUGUCAG